AUGGCACUGGUGUCCGUGCGUGACUACGAGCAGCGGGCGUACGAAAUUGUGCCACGAAUCGCGCUAGACUACUACCGGAGCGGUGCCGGGGAUGAGCUAUCGUUGCAGCUCAACCGAACCGGGUUCGAUCGGUGGCGUAUUCGACCACGCAUGCUAAACGGUGGCUCAACGCGUGACCUCUCCUGUACGGUGUUUGGUGAGCGGUUCGCCCUACCGAUCGGCAUUUCACCGACCGCCAUGCAACGGAUGGCCCAUCCGGAUGGUGAGGUGGCGAAUGCACGGGCAGCUGCCUCACGGCGGGUGUUGUUCACGCUUAGCACGAUCAGCACCAGCUCGAUCGAGGAGGUAGCAGAGGCGACGCCGGCCACACCGAAAUGGUUCCAGCUGUACAUCUACCGCGAUCGGCAGCUGACGGAGAGUCUCGUACGCCGAGCGGAACGGGCCGGUUUCCGGGCGAUCGUGCUGACGGUGGAUGCACCGGUGUUUGGGCUACGGCGGGCCGAUAUGCGGAAUAAGUUCUCGUUGCCACCGCACCUGACGAUGGCAAACUUCGUUGGAAAAGCCUCCAGCAUACGCAGCCAGGGUGGCUCGGGAAUCAACGAAUACAUCGCGGAACAGCUGGACCCGGCCCUGUCCUGGGAGGACGUCAAGUGGCUGGUCGCAUUCACCAAGCUGCCCGUGAUCGUGAAGGGCAUCCUGACGCGGGAGGACGCAAUCAUUGCGGCCGAUCUGGGCGUACAGGGCAUAUUCGUGUCGAACCACGGCGCCCGGCAGUUGGAUUCCGUUCCCGCAUCGAUCGAAGCGCUACCAGAAAUCGCCCAAGCUGUCGGUGAUCGUGUGGAGAUUUUCCUGGACGGAGGCAUCACCCAGGGAACGGAUGUGUUUAAGGCGCUGGCACUCGGCGCUCGGAUGGUGUUCUUUGGACGACCGGCGGUCUGGGGAUUGGCGGUUAAUGGGCAGGCGGGCGUGGAGAACGUCCUGGAUAUCCUGCGGAACGAGCUGGACCUCACGAUGGCACUGGCGGGUUGUAAAACGCUGGCGGAAAUUACGAGGAAAUUCGUCGUGCACGAAAGCUACUACAGCAAACUGUAGCU